AGCGACCACGUCCAGUCCUACCGGCCAGCGUUUAAAGCUCCCUCUCACGAAAUCUGCAUCAUCCACCGCCUUCCCAACCGAGCCGUCACAUCUUCAACUCGUUCUCCUCCUCAUGCGAUUACGAUAGUGACGGCCUUUCGCCUCUUGCUGCCGCAAUGGGGCUCAUAGGCGGCAUCUCUCCUAGCGGGAGCAUAGCCCUCGGCAUCAUAGUCGGUCUUUUGUCAACCAGUGUUCAGAGCCUGGGUCUCACGCUCCAACGAAAGUCACAUAUCCUCGAAGACGAAAAGAUGCCGUACGAUGUCAGGCGCCCGCCCUACCGGAGGCGGCGGUGGCAGCUGGGCAUGGCCAUGUUCAUCAUAUCCAACGUCGUGGGAAGCUCAGUGCAGAUAUCCAUGCUCCCGUUGCCCGUUCUGUCGACCCUGCAGGCAUCCGGCUUGGUAUUCAACUCGAUAUGCGCCACUCUCAUCCUAGGAGAGCCGUUCACGAGAUGGUCAUUAUGGGGGACAUUGCUCGUUUGCAGUGGCGCCGUCCUGAUUGCUGUCUUUGGAGCGAUCCCGUCGCCGGCCCACAAGCUGAGCGAGCUACUCGACCUAUUGGGGAGGCGGCCGUUCGUGCUCUGGAUGUCCUUGCAGGCUGUCUCUGUCAUCGGACUCGCUGUUGCAACUGAGCUCGUCAGCCGCUUGACGACGCUAAUGCAGGACCCCCGGUUUCGACUCGCCCGAGGAUUCUCCUACGGAUGCAUAAGCGGCAUCCUCUCGGCGCAUUCUCUUUUGGUCGCGAAAUCGGCUGUCGAGUUGAUCGUCAGGACGAUUGCUGAUGGCGACAAUCAGUUUGUCCACUGGCAGUCGUGGAUGCUUGUCCUCGGCCUGCUCACCCUCGCUCUCACUCAGCUCUACUAUCUCCAUCGGGGGCUCAAGCUGGUCUCGACAUCCGUUCUAUACCCACUAAUAUUUUGCAUCUAUAACAUUAUUGCGAUCCUGGACGGCCUGAUCUACUUUCGCCAGACUGAUUUGAUCAACCCUCUACGCGCGUGUCUUAUCGCUCUCGGAACUGUCAUCCUCCUUUCUGGCGUUCUCGCAUUGUCGUGGCGUCUCAGCGACGAGCAGCAUACGCCGGGCGUCGGGCAGUCGACGUUGGCGCCUGGGUUGGGUCUUGUCGAGGAUACAGAAGGAGAGGAAGAAGAGGAGGAGGUCUCGCUCCGCUCCGCUCUCCUUGAUGAAGGGCAGGGCGUGCUUCCAACACAAUCCACCUAUCGAACAUUCGCGCCGCCUCUAUCUCCCGAUGUCUCUAUGGCAGCUGCCCGUCCUGCUCCGCGGCGGUAUGCCCGGUCCACGAAGGCGGCUUCGUCUCGGUGGGUAGAACGCGCCGAAAUCUGGGACGAGCUUGAGGACCGCAGCGCACAAGAGCCCGCUUCGCCCGCCUUUAGUCGACACCGAUCCACUACUUUACCUGGCCGCAGCAAAUCUUCCUCGGUUCUUUUUGGAAUGCGAGAGACGAAUGACUCUCGCCACCUCACUCCGAACGGCGACGUGGGCGAAGAGGCGGACCCGCUUGUUGACCCAGCCAGGCCCGGGCGGAGUUUCAGGAGGCGGCGGAAAUCAACUGGGUUCCCAGGCUUUACGGCCAGAAAGAAUACGGUUCGAAAAGCGUCAGGCGGGGUCCAAGAUGUGGCCCGUAACAUCUUCGGGCUGAGAUGGUGGGGCAACAGGCCGAGGUCAACAGGAGGAACGGAUUCUCCGCGCGCAAGUCCUGUGAGCUGGGCAACACCUGCAUACAGAGACGACCUGGAAGCCGGGAUAGCUGGUCCUUCCUCUGAGAGAAGGUCAUCGAUGGGGCUGGACCCGAGGUCAAGUCAGGAUCUAGGGCCAAGGAGUGCUAGGGAGGAUGAUUCCCCAGUGUAAUUGAAGUCUUGUAUCUGUUUGUUCAAGUUGUUCGAUUUGGAUCAGCAUUGGCGUGGCGUAGCACGGCGUUCAUUGAGAUUCAGUUGCUUGCCGUCAUUCCAGCAUUCCACAGGACGAACAUAUGAUACCUUUUGCGUGAACCAUUUAUUUAUGGAUGGAGCAAUCAGCCGUCAUUCGAACGAGGGUCAUGAUAAGCUUUUUGACUCAAACCAAGUGAUUAGCCUGGUGACAGUGAAUAUGACAAGUGGUCUCCCUGACUGGCUGGUCUCGACACCUUGUUACACGCCGUACGGGA